AUGAUGUUGACCGCAGAACUAGUCUUGACCCCCUGGGGCGUUCCAAACUUUUUUUUCUCAGUUUUCAAGACAUUUUCACUUACAGUUAACGUUUUCAGUGUGGCUCAUGGGCUUAUCAAUCCGACAUAGUCAACCUUGUGGUCGAGCGGCAAGAAAUCGCUUUGGAAGACUUCUAUGACAAUCAGGUAAACAUCCCAAAAAGUUUCAUAGUUUCUAGGUAAACCUCAAUAUAUGACUCAGGCACUUGGCUCAACUGACUGCCAAAAAGUAAAAAAAAAUGUUACAAAUGCCGAUAAGCUUUCUUUCAAAAGUUUUUGAUAAGAUGUUUCAAAUAUAGCAUUUAUUUCUUUGUUUUCACGUUUCCCUUCUGCCAUUCUUACUUAAAUAAUAGUUGAUUCGUAUUUCCAAAUAUAGAAAUGAGGUUUUGGUGUUUAAAACACCCUCUUCCACAUUCUCUCGAAGUUUCAGCCCGCCUGAAAAAUUAAAAAAAAAACUGAUCAUUAAUAAGUUUUUCAUAGAAAUGAUCGAAGAGCUGUGAAAGUAUCUCAAUAAUUGUAAGUUUUGAAGGAAUGGCUGCUAAUGGACGCGAGACUGUACAACGGAACCACUCGGAACGUUUCCGAACGCGAAGAAUCGUACAGCAUGGUCUACAUGCAGCUCGACCUCAAACGCCAGAGUUUCUACUACGUAUUCAAUCUCGUUUUCCCCACGACUCUUGUGAGUUCUUCUUUGCUGAGAAUAGUUGCUCAUUUCAAAUAGGAAAUUUCUCAGCUUAUUUUUUCUUAUAUUUUUUGUUUAAAUAGUUCAAUUGAGUGGAAUAAUCCUUUCUCAGGUCUCUCUGGUCGCCGUGAUAGGUUUUCAUGCUCCGAUAAACGCAACCGGAAGACGCGAGAGCAAGUUCCGCCUAGGUUCGUUUUGUUCCUUGUCGCGACCGAAAAACUUUUUCUUUUUUUUGCGAAUGUAGGAAGAAAAUUUGGUCCUAUGGAAAGUCAACUUAAAAUCUUACAUCAAGUAUAAAAAACCUUCAAGUUCUCAUUUUUUCGGAACCAAAGCUUUUCUUUUAUUUGUACGCUACGUAUCAACACGCUGAAACUGUUUAAAGUCCUUGAAUUCAACGAAACAUGCGAAAGCCUGGAAAUUCGACCAUUUGAAAGUUUGAGCGAUAGGUGGGCAAGUGCAAAACUCAUUCAGCCCGGAAGGAGGGGUUGGUUUACAAAAUUCUUAGAAAAAUCGGAAUAAAAUCAAGUUUCAACCAUAAGAAGGUAUUUUUGGCCCCAGUUAUACGAGUUUCAAACAAUUGCCUGUCCAUGUAUGCUUUGUGUUUUCAUAAUUUUGAAAUUUUUGUUUUCUUCCCCUAUCUGUAUUCAAGCCACGAAGAUCCUAUGUGUUAACUUCGAGAGUUUUUGAGAUAUCGCUCAAUUUGAAAAAAAAGAAUUUUCUUUUUAAAUUAUGUAUUUCCCUGAAUCUUGCGAAUUCUUAGGCAUAAUGACACUGCUCUCGAUGUCCGUUAUGCUUCUGAUGCUAGUGGGCGAAAUGAAGUUCGCCAUGGAAAGUGUUCCUGGACAACGAGGCUCCUUCAGCGACGUUCCACUUAUGGGUGGGGUUUCCACUCUGCGAGCUUUAUAUAUUGUUUAAUCUGACAGGAAUCUACUACAUGACUUUGAUCUUCAUCAUCAGCGUGGCUACGUGUACGUCUUCUAUUUUCGUUCAUCUCGAGAAGUUUGCUCUGCGGAAUCCGUCGUGGCAGGUCCGAAAACUCUUUUGGAUAGGCGGCACACCUUCCAGUUUCAGUCCAUUCCCUGGUACCUUCGCUGGCUCGCCGCCAAAAAGCUCUUCUGUUGCUAUGUGCCUCCGGCGUUCCGAUACGACAAGGAUGACGUCGUCCGCAACAAUAACAUCCAGGUCCAGUUCGAUUCGAAACGCUAACUUAUUUUCCUUCGUUUCUCCUUCGAAGAGCUCAUUUUGUGAAACUAUUUUCUCAAAAAAAUAUUUUGCAGACAUUGUCAGUGACUUCAAGUCCAGAUAGAACAGUUAUGAAGAACUUGAUACCAAAAGAGGUAUUUUAGAUCUCAGGAUCACUUUGUUAUUUUUUUUAUUUGAGGUCAACUUCACAGAGGUCGAUCAAGAUGCUCCUCUCCAUGACGUGACCGUCCUUGAAGGUGUGUUAAGAACCGUCAUAGGGAUUGCUAGUGGGAUGUUUGAGGCGGAAAAGAGAAAGAACAGAAGAUAGAAAGGAUAGUGAGUCUGUUGCGGGACAUCAUCUCGAUGAAGGAGAAGAUGCACGCCGGCGGACAGCUCACUUCCUACUGGGACAGGAUCAUCCGACGUCUCGAGAACGUGUCUCUCACCACCUACUUGCUCAUCAUCCUCGUCAACUUGCUCAUGUUCCUCUACCCUGAGAUGUGGUACUAA